GAUCUAUUUAAUCCCCUUUUCAUUUUAAAAAAAAUCACAAAUUGUUUGUAAUAGAUCUAUCCUUAUAUUAUUCUUUGAUUUUUUUUAAAAGCAAGUUGUUUAUAAACUAUUUAAACUCCCCUAAAGAAAAGAGAGAAAGAUAACGAAAAAAGAAAGUUUAGUAUGAACCCUUCUUCUUCUAUUACCAGCGAACUUGACGAGUUUAGAGAUCAAUGGCGCAAAGAAGUGGAAAGUCAAAAAGUACCACAACCACAUGAACCGACACCUCCAAUUCAAGAGCCUCUUGUUCAACAAACCGAAUCUCUUAAACUUGAACCAUCCGAUGACGAGAUUGAAGAAGAGCCAAUGGUCACCGCCAUGGAUUUUUAUAUUGCUGCGGCAGAUCUCGAAAAACAAGGACAGCUUCAAAAGGCUAUAAUUCAUUAUCGUCGUGCAUUCAAACUGAAUCCAGAAAUCGAUUAUGAAUAUAAGCACCAUCAAGCAACUGUUGUUCAUAGCGAACCCAAAGUCGGCAACUCAAGUACAGAACAUAUCCACCCAGAAGAUCCACAAUUCAGACAUGCAGUACCCAUCGGUACUGAAUACAAGGCACUUUCCACAAGAAAGGAUCCUCUCGAAGACCUUAUCAAGUUGUUCCAGAGCCAAGACCUUCAUUAUCAGCCUGCGAUAGAGUAUAAGCCUGUACUGAUCGCCAAGCUUCCUAAUGAGGUUAUCCAACAUAUUCUACGUCACCUAGUACUGCGGUCUGUAUCUUCUGUCGCUAGAUUUGCAUUGGUCUGCAAGAAUUUUUUCUUGUUUACUCGAUCUCCUUCACUGUGGAAAUUUGCAUGUGAGCAUGCAUUCAGGACACCUGAGAUGUCGCUAGAAGACUCACAGUGGCAGCAACAUAAACAUGUCCAAGUUUACGAAGGAAAUUGGAUGAGAAUGUUUAUCGAACGACCUAGAAUUCGCUAUGACGGUGUUUACAUAUCAACCUGUCAGUAUGUACGGCCAGGUAUAUCAGAUUCCUCCUGGGGCCAACCCUUCCACAUGGUGACUUAUUAUCGCUACCUAAGGUUUUUCCCCAAUGGAGAUAUCCUCAAGCAUGUCUCGACAGAUAAACCCGCACAGGUGGUUAGACUUUUGACGCCCCAAUUUGUCCGAAAACAAAUCUUCAAUGGUCAUUUUGAACUUGACAAGGAGAAAAUCUAUAUUGAAAUGCAAGACCGGACGUUACCUCGCGAAGAGUUUCGAAUGUCGCUUACAAUCAAGAGUACCCAUAGAGGGCGACACAACAAAUUAGCCUGGAUUGAAUACAACAGUAACGCAAUUGAUCAAGAAGGGGCGUUUCCUUAUGAUCUUAAAUUAAUGAAACCGUAUUUCUUCAGUCCCGUCAAGAGCUAUACAUUGUGUUUAAGGCUGAAAAAAUUAGAAGAUAUGAUGUUCCUUUUCAUUAUAAACCUUUACCCCUUCAAGCACUCCAAAAAAAGGGGAGAUAAGACAAAGGAGACCAAAGAAGAACAAGAAGAACAAGAAGCAGAAACAAAAGCAGGUGAGAAAUAG